AUGUCCGAGAUCAUCUCGACUUCAGUCUCGGCAGCAGCGAUCUUCUGCUCCGAGGACAUCUUGGGCUGGCCACCGAAGAGGAACGACAUGGUGAUGGGAGGUGCUCCCUGGGGUCUGUCCCGACUAACCCCCCAGCUUAAGCUCCGGUCCAUCCGGUAUUCGAGUUCCCAUGCAUCGCCCGAGAAGGCCUUCCAGGAGCGUGUGCAGGAAAUUCGCACUGUCUGCGCCGAACCCUAUCCGCGGCUGGCGGUGGACUCGCGGACCCUCAGCUGUGCCGAGUUCCGCAGUCGCUAUGCCCACCUGAAGGAUAAUGAAUCAGUAGAUGCAGACUCGGUCGUGGUAUCUGGUAGGAUUCGUACCUAUAGACUUGCCGGGAGCAAAUUGAUCUUCUUCGAUAUCGUGCAAGACGGACACAAAGUCCAGGUGAUGUGCAAUAAGCGUCAACUCGAGGGGGGUGAGGGCCCCGAGUUUAAGAAAUUCUACCGGCUCCUGCGCCGCGGAGAUGCUUUCUCCGUCACUGGACGACCGCACCGUACUGGCCGGGGCGAGCUCACCAUCGACGCCACGGAACUGCCACGGCUGCUGUCGCCGUGUCUGCACGAUGUCCCCGUCCACGAUCGCUCGCACGAAACCUCGCCCUACCCUCGUCAUGUCCAGUUCCUGGCCGACCCAGCGACGGCGGAGAUCAUCCGGGCCCGGGCCUCUCUGAUCCAGUAUCUGCGCCAAUUCUUCGUGGACCGGUCCUUUAUGGAGGUCACUACCCCCAUCAUUGGGUCGGUGGCGGGUGGUGCGAUUGCCCGGCCCUUCUCGACGGCGGCCACCGAGUUCCCCGAGCGUCAACUGUCGCUGCGCAUUGCACCGGAGCUGUGGCUUAAGCGGCUGGUGGUCGGUGGGUUCGACAAGGUGUUUGAGAUUGGGCCAUCUUUCCGGAAUGAAGGUUUGGACAAGACACACAACCCCGAGUUCACCACCUGUGAAUUCUAUCAGGCCUACGCCAACCUGGACGACCUGAUGCGCAUCACGGAGACUCUCCUGUCCGGCAUGGCCGAGCACAUCAAGGCCUUCAACCAGGACGGCCUCCUCAACCCGACCACCGCGACCUUCACCACACCCUUUCGCCGCGUGGACUUCAUCACCGGCAUUGAAACCCAAAUCAACCGCUCCCUGCCCGACCUCUCCGCCCCCGACGCCCUCGCCAACAUGCACACCCUCUUCCACGACCUCUCCCUCCCCCUUCCCACGAACGCAACACUGCCCCGUCUCCUCGACGAGCUGUGUGCCAUCUACCUCGAGCCCACCUGUAUCGACCCAACCUUCAUCAUCAACCCGCCCGAGUGCCUCUCCCCACUAUCGAAGUCCUUCAUUCACCCAACGACCAAGCAAGUCGUCGCUGCCCGCGGCGAGCUGUUUAUCGAAGGGAAGGAGGUGGUCAACACCUACGAAGAGGAGAAUUCGCCGUUUGAGCAGCGCCGCAAGUUUGAGGACCAGCUACGCUAUAGCAGGGCCGCUGAUGAGCCUGGCGAAAUUGACGAGAGCUAUCUCGAAGCACUUGAGUGGGGGCUGCCCGCCACGGGCGGCUGGGGCUGCGGAAUUGACCGGUUGGUCAUGCUGUUUACGGGGGCAAAGCGGAUUGGCGAUGUCUUGUCAUUUGGGAACUUGAGGGCAGUGACGAGACGGCCUGGUGGUGUGAAUGAAUAG